AUGAUUAGCUGGGCGCUGAAGCGCAAUUCGGACAACUCGCGCGACGCGCCGGUCUCCGAUGACACCACUCAGAUUGACAUCCCUGACACUCCUGCGCCCCUAAGGAUCGCCGGGCCGCGACGAAGACAGCGAAGAACCAUGACAGCCCAGCAGAAUGUCAACUCAGUACCAGCUGCGGACAGGUCGCCAACGAAACCUGCGGGCAUCCUCCUCACGCCCGGCACCGGUACGACGCGCCGGAAGCGCGUCUCAUUCGGCAAUGACGUGAAGCAAGGCUCUGGAGGGACUGCCAGGACUAGCGCUACUGGAUUACCAGACGAGUGCCCUGGGAAGUUCCCAAGCCCGUGGGUUGACCGAAACGGAGACGAGGCACAACCACGGCCGAAAACUAGAUUGCAACAGGCCAUGGAGAACUCCAGGAAGGCCAACACCAAGGACGGCGGAACGGAGGAGAAGGAUUUUGCUCAUGCGGCAAAGGAGCCGGAAGACGCAUGGGAGGAAGUGGAGGACGAUGAAUCAGACUUUGACGGCGACGUCACCACGGAUCUCAACGAGCCGCACUCGCGCUCCGGCAAAUACUGGAAGUCCUACUUUGAGACUUACCAUAGCGAUGCAAAGAUGGAGAUGGAGAAGCUGGUCAAGUACAAGCAUCUCGCCAAGUCUUAUGCGAAGAUGAAGGACACUGAGGCGCUCGAGCUUAACCAGAAGCUCAAGGAAGAGCAGGGAAAAGUCAAGAGUUGGAGUCUCUGCUUAAUAUCGAGGACGAUGCUGAUGGACGCCAACGACAACAACGAACAGCAUCACCCCCGGACGCAGCGGACCCUGAUGGAAACUCAACGAGAGCUGAGGCGGGCUAGGUCGCAGGUCCGCGAGCUAGAAAAAUUGCAGGAGGAACGAGACCGACUAAGAUCUGACUUGAAAUUCGCCGAGCAACGGGCCAGCAAGCUUGCUGAAGAGAAUCGGAAACUAUCAAGGGAACUGUCUCAGACCACGUCGAGGACCCAAGACCUGGAGAAGAUGUUGGAGGACUCUAAGGGCUCUUAUGAAAAGCUCAAGGAUGACGCCAAGUCUCGAUAUGUUGAAGCCCAGCAGGUCCUGCAAAAGAAGAACGAGAAGAUUUCGGAACUUCAAGAACUCGAUUCGCUCAAGAGAGAGGGAGCAGAACCAAGACAGCCGACUCGGUCUACGCGGGCGAAGAGCUUUGACGAAAAGUUGGUUCCGACGGAAAGGGAGAGCGCCCGGGUGUUAUCAAAAGAUGUCAAUGGCCUCAAACAAAAGCCCAGCGAGAAGGCUGCGACCAGUUCAACAGCCCUGGCGGAAACGAGGCAGAGGGAGAAGCGUAGCAGAGACGACCUCAACAAGCGUGCAUCCCAUGAUGAUGCAACCCUGGCGCAAGCCCGCGCUCUGAGGGAGAAGCUCGAAGCCGAGUUUGGCACAAAGGGGCUACCUACUUCCACCGUCUUUGGCGACCGCGGAAACCUACAGGACAGUCACGGCUCCGCAUCAAGCGGGCAUUCUGCCCACUCCAGGGAAGGCCGGUCCUAUCCCAGCCGGACCGACCGGCCAUCACGAGCGGCCCGGCCAGCGUCGACAUCUUUGGGGAAGGUCACUCUAGGCGACCUCCCUACAGAAUCUCGCGACAAACGCGCCCGUAAGAGUUCGCUCGAGCAGAUGAGGCAGGUCCCAGUCCGGCCUUUAUCACGAGGUAGCGAAAGUGACACGUCGCCCGAUGUUGGGGGCGCGAAUGCGCAGACUAGUGCUGUCUGGAGCACCAUGAAUGCCUCGCGGACUGCCUUGCCGGAGCACCGGAAGGCGGCGGCGCUCGCUCGGAUUCAGCGGAGGAUAGCGGAGAGGAAGAUGUUGCAGCAGGCUGGGCGGGAUAAGGAGAAUGCACGGCCAUAA